AUGCCUCGGCAUGUUCAUAUGGCAGUUGUUCCGGGAACUACAGAGAAACAAACGGGCGACGAAGGCCCCGAAAUGCAAUUUGUGGUCGAAAAGAUUUUCGUUGCAAGCGGGAUUGCAGUGGCCGAGCUCGCAGGACAGUACUACGUCUUUCCACCCAAAACGAUGGUCAUUAUUGCCCCUGGUGUGCCCCACGCCUGGGUAGCUGCCCCGAAAGGUUUAGAUUUGGAGGCCCUUGGCGUUGCUCCGCCUAAACCUACCGUUGUGGAAGAGGAUCCGCUUGUUUCCACUGAAGAGCCUUCACGAGUGUCCGAUGGAAAAUUUGUUGCACUUUAUGAAUACGAACUACCUACUGGAUUCUAUCCCACGGCUCAAAAAGACCGAUUGAGUUCAGCCAGAGAAUUUAUCUCCUGCGAUUCCUUGCAUGGUAUCCGUAUCCCGGAAUUCAACAUCGACCAGCUGAGGAAGCAGGCAAGCUUUAUCUGGGGUACGAAUUGUACGCGACAAUAA